AAUUUCCUUGAAAAUGGAUCGAUCGUCUCUAUAAAAUCGUUAAUGGAGAUUGAGGAAGCAUCAAGCAGUUGUUGCCCCCACUAUCCUCUGUCACUCCUUUUAAGCGACUUCAAAUGGAGAAGGGAGCGCUAUCAGAAAGCAAGCAAAGCAGCCGCCGCAGGACGAAGCUCUUCAAUUUUCUCGCCUUCGUCGCCUUCCUACUUCUCACGUUCACAACCACCGAAUCCGCCUACCGGUCGCGGCACCAACCCUCCGCCUUGGCCUUCACACUCUUCUCCUACGCCGACCUUGUGCUACUCUUUCAUUGCCUCAUGGUCUUCGAGCGGCUCGGCCCCGAUGCCACUCCUAGGAAGAAGGAAGGCCUCAAGGCCCUCGUUUGGCUCCUCGCCACCGCUCAAAUUCUCGCCUUCACUUGGCGGGUGGCCGCUGAGAUUCCGCUUCCGAUCGCCGUCGCCCUGUGGCUCGUGGCUGGCUUAAUCACAAUCAGCGGAUGUUAUUUGAUGUUCUUUCGCUCCGAGGCAGAUGUGGUCGAUAAAUGCUGCCUCAAUUGCAGUGCCCUGGUCAACCAAGAGCUCUCUCCGGACGAGAAAGUAUAGAGAAGUGGAUGGGAAUACUAUUGUAUCAUUACUAUAAAACAAGAAAAAAACAGAUUUAUCAAAAAUUACAUAUUAAAAAAUAAUUUUGAUCAAAAUAUGUAAGCAUAAUACAAACUAUAAGUUAUUGUGAAUAAAAGUAAAAUUUAUGUUUGGAAUA